AUGUUGGACAUAUCGCUCUCCACUUCCCCAAGCUAUCGCUCUCCACUUCCCCAAGCUAUCGCUCUCCACUUCCCCAAGCUAUCGCUCUCCACUUCCCCAAGCUAUCGCUCUCCACUUCCCCAAGCUAUCGCUCUCCACUUCCCCAAGCUAUCGCUCUCCACUUCCCCAAGCUAUCGCUCUCCACUUCCCCAAGCUAUCGCUCUCCACUUCCCCAAGCUAUCGCUCUCCACUUCCCCAAGCUAUCGCUCUCCACUUUCCCAAGCUAUUGCUCUCCACUUCCCCAAGCUAUCGCUCUCCACUUCCCCAAGCUAUCGCUCUCCACUUCCCCAAGCUAUCGCUCUCCACUUCCCCAAGCUAUCGCUCUCCACCUCCCCAAGCUAUCGCUCUACACUUCCCCAAGCUAUCGCUCUCUACUUCCCCAAGCUAUCGCUCUCCACUUCCCCUAACUAUCGCUCUCCACUUCCCCAAGCUAUCGCUCUCCACUUCCCCAAGCUAUCGUUCUCCACUUCCCCAAGCUAUCGCUCUCCACUUCCCCAAGCUAUCGCUCUCCACUUACCCAAGCUAUCGCUCUCCACUUCUCCAAGCUAUCGCUCUCCACUUCCCCAAGCUAUCGCUCUCCACUUCCCCAAGCUAUCGUUCUCCACUUCCCCAAGCUAUCGCUCUCCACUUCCCCAAGCUAUCGCUCUCCACUUCCCCAAGCUUUAG